AGGAUGGAACCUCAACUUCACUUGCAGGAGUAGACGAGCACGGACGAGACGUACCGAACGGAGGCGACGCUGUGCGCAAACAACUUUGGCUGCGGAGAGUCUGCGUUUCCGAAUAGGUGUCCGUUUCAAAUGAUAUCAAAGCAAAGAGUUUCACUUUCCACAGGCGGAUGGGUAACUACCGCUCUCUGCGGCGGCGCUUUAUGAGGAGGAGAUGAUGAAGAAUUUCAGCCACAGUCCCCUUCACAACAACCAGACUCCAAACCACAUUAGGGAACGGAACAACAAAAAGUUCAGCUUGUUUUCGGCAAUUCCGUUACGACUGUCUCUGCGAGGUUAUGGUUUCUGUAUGGCUACGUUGUUUCUCUUCUGUUUCGGCUCUCUUUUCUACCAGUUAAACGGAGGACCCCCUAAAAUCUUACUGGACAUCCGACAGUAUCUCGGUGAGUCCACGUAUUUAGAUGACCACGGACCACCAGCCCCAAGGAUCCUACCGUUUCCCAGCCAGGUGGUGUACAACCGCGUGGGGAAGUGUGGCAGCAGGACGGUGGUGAUCCUUCUGAAGACUCUGGCAGAGAAGCACCAGUUCAACCUGAUCUCCUCAGACAUCCACAACAAGACCCGCCUCAGCAAGCAUGAACAGGUGGAUCUUAUGAAGAACAUCAGUAACAUUCCCCAACCCUUCCUGUACACCAGACAUGUCCACUUCCUCAACUUCACCAGAUUUCGAAUAGAACAGCCAGUGUACAUCAACAUCAUCAGAGACCCUAUCAACCGCUUCCUCUCCAAUUAUUUCUUCCGACGCUUUGGUGACUGGCGGGGCGAGCAGAACCACCUGAUCCGCACGCCAGGGAUGAAGGAUGAUGAGAGAUACCUGGACAUUAACGUGUGCAUCCUGGAGAAUUACCCAGAAUGCUCCAACCCAAGACUUUUCUACAUCAUCCCGUAUUUCUGUGGACAACACCCACAGUGCAGGGAGCCAGGGGUGUGGGCUUUGGAGAGGGCCAAGCAGAACGUUGUAGAGAACUUCCUGUUGGUGGGGAUCCUGGAGGAGUUGGAAGAUGUGCUGCUCCUGCUGGAGAGACUCCUACCUCACUACUUCUCUGGUGUGCUGGGCAUCUACAAGAGCCCAGACUACAGGAAGAUGGGGAACAUGACAGGCACAGUCCGUAAGCACACGCCCACCCUGGAGGCGCUGCAGGUGCUCUACCACCGCAUGCGCUACGAGUACGACUUCUACAACUUCAUAAGUGACCAGUUCCACCUCAUGAAGAAGAAGAUCGGCCUCAAGUCCAUCUCGCACCCGCCCGCCCACCAGGCAUCCUUUCUGAGAGAGCUGGAGUUCCACACCCCUGAGCCCCUGGACGAGGACGAGGAGCUGGAGGCCGACCUGGAGGACGCCAACAGCUGGUUGGUGCAGCCCUGAGUGUUGCCGCGGUGCCUGUGGAAAGAGCCGUGAUUAGCUGGAGGUGGCAGCAAGGGGUGGGGAUAUGCCCUGUCUGUCAGCAUUCCCAACAGGAAGAGGAAGUGAGGUUGGGGGUGUGUGGAUCCUGAUGCCCGUGUUUUUACGGGCUCCUUGUUGCAUCUGUCCUGGACUCUCCGCAUGCCUUUGAGGACCAUGGCAGUGGGUGGGCAGCUGGACAAACUGCCAUAUUUAAAUAUUGACUAGAAUAAUGGGAAAUAUUUUUUUCUUCAAAGAUCCAUUGUUUUUGUCCCUUAGUUUUUUUAUUUGUUUGAUCCAAGAGGCUGUCCUAGUUGGUGGAUCAAUCUCCAGGUGAGAUAUGAAUAAAAUAUAUGGAGGCGAUUUAGGAAGCAUUUUCAGAGUUGGGGAGGGGGGAGGGGGGGGGGGGGAGUGCCUGAGACGGGGGACUCGCUGCAGUGGAAGUAGUCCCAGGUCUUCCCCAACCUCGUCAUCCCUUUCAUUCUUCUUCACCUUACAUCCUGUACUAGGGAGGUGUCCUUACAUGUGACUACAACCAAACCUUGAAUGCUGUUUAACAGUCAUCCAGGACUUCUCAAAGUGCCAAACCUCACUUCUUGGGUCUCUGUUGUCACAUGAACCCAGAUUGGAAGAGUCCAUUCCUCACAUGGGUGGAACAUGUGGGGGUGACUUGGAUCAAUCCAGCUAUAGUUAUGUGAUUCAUAUCUGUAUACUUGUGGAUAACUUAUGAGGGUUAAACUGUAAGCAGAGGAGCACUUAUCUAUGAAUUCAGAGAAUUCAAAUUGUGAGCCUGUGAUUGGAUUCUGACAUUAGUAUUUGUCACUGACAGUGUAAUAAGACUGAAAGUUGAGAUUUAGCAAAUUCAAAACAUUAGAGGGGUCCAAUCAGGUUAACUUAAUCUCUAAUUAAUAGGAUGGCAAGACUUUACAGUAAGAUUACAUUAAUUGUGUAAGUACAUAGUAAUCGCGAUAUAAUUAAGUUGUAUCAAGUGGUAUAGAUUACAACAAAAGUGUAAGAAGGCACAGUAACAAAAAGGUGUAAGGGUGAAGUUGAAGGUUGUGUUACCAAAACAAUUUUAACAUCCACUUACUCCUGGAAGCCCAAGGUUCCCAUAUCAAGUUCAACCGUAUUGAAGUGUACUGUAACUACAAUGUUGUAACUAUUAGUAUUGCUACUUAGUUACAUGGUAGUUAGUGUAACCUUUAAUGUAAAGCGACGCCAAGAUGAUAUUUUUGGACCGACCAUUGACAUAAACAUGGAACAUUUGGUUAUAGUUCCAUUAACACAGCUACAGUAAUUUAUCUCCAAAAACUGGUCAAACCAUGAAGGCCUGAUUAAUCCAAAGCGUUAAACAUCUGCAAAUGAACAGAAUUUUUGUUAGAAGCAUAAUAUGUGUAUUAUACUGUGCUUUUAUCACACCCGAGUUCCUUUAAUACAAGAUUGUUUGUUUUCUAGCCACUCCUAAAUAAAAAAAAUCCUCUUGUUUUUUCUGGAACCAAUCAAUAAAUCUACCUACACAUAACUAUGAUAACUAAGGAGAUGGAAUGGGACUGGUGGUUGUCAUGGAUCCCUGCUGUUUCCAGAUCCCCUGUCUUCUUCUUAGCCAACAGUGUCAGCUCGUGUAUCUGUACCCUGCAAGAACAAAUGUCAUUAAGCUCCUAUCAAACAUUAGUACAGUAUAUUUGACAUGCAACCCUUAUGGUGUAAUAUAGGCAUGUCUAUUUUUCAUUGUCCUGUCAGUGUUUUUAACAUUCUCUUUUCAACAGUUUAAUUUAUUAUUAUGUAUUCACAGAAAUUCCAUAUAAGCUUCUCAGGAAAGAAAAUGUUUUAUUACGACCGUUAAAUAUGUUGGGAUCUUACAGCAAAGAAGCCUAUUCUGGUUCUUACAGAAAUGAGUCCAAAAUGAACUGAAACAGCUACAGAUUAGUGAAACUAGGUUACAACAGAGUCUAUUGUUUUGUCCGUUUUGAAAAUAAAAAUCUGCUAACAAUUGCA